AUGUGUGGCUUGGUUGGGGCGCUGGCGCUGACACUGUUGGCACGGCGAAUAGCAUCUGUGCGGCUCGAGCGGCGCUUCUUCGUGUUGGAGAUCCCGCAGAACCUCAGCCGCGUGCAGACGGAGUGCCAUGGGGAGAUUGGCUACCAAUACUCCAUGGAGAUCUACUUCCUGGAUUUCUUGCACUUGCAGCCCAGCUUUAGGACCCAAAACUGGCAGGCGGCCGACUUCAUCUGGGUGGCGCAGUGUGUCUCCAAGGUCUACUUUCACAUCAGGGAGCAUUUCCAGAAGAGCCAUGAGGAGGCAUUGCGCUUGGCGGACACGGAGUACUUGCGUCCAGUGGCUCUAUGGGCACAAGAACAUCCUGCGUAUCGACGCUUUCUAGGGGCCAACUUUGCAACUGUCUACGCCAUGGACUUGGGGCGGCAGGACUUCCCCGGCUCCCUGGAGCUCACAAGGAACUGGAGCGUGGGCGUGUUGGCGGGGGACGUGAAUUGGCUAGAGCAGGUUCAGGUCUUUCCCUCCGUUUCGGCGCCGGACCGCUGCGCCUCCGAGACCGAGUCCACAGCCCUUGGUCGGGCCUUUUUCCAGCAGGAUUUUGUGAUCAACAUCCCCACGCCUUUCAUGGGCACAGGCCGUCCAAGCACCGAGACACCCAGGCCGCGCCUGGCCUUCUUCUCGGGCAGCCUCAAUAGCUGCUCCCGGCGCUGGUUGUAUGCCCUCUACGGAAAUUUGGACCCCUCCUAUGUGUGGAUCAACGACUCCGGGCAGCAGGCCUUGGACAUGGACACCUAUCGCGAUGCCAUGGUGUCCAGCCGUUUCUGUCUGGUGCUGCGUGGCAGCUCUCACAGCAACAACGUGCGGCUCAGCGAGGCUAUGGCCCUGGGCUGCGUGCCCGUCAUCGUCAGCGACGACUUCCAGCCCCCGCUGGCGAAGGACUUGGACUGGCCGUCUUUGGCGCUCUUCCUACGGAGCCGGCAGCUGCCGCAGCUGUUGCAGAUCCUCGAGGCGGCCGACGCGGCCGACGCGCGCCCGGCGAUGCAGCAGCGCCUGACUGGGGCGGCUGCAGCGUUGGACUACUCCUUGCAGGAGCAUUGGCUGUACGUCUUUGAGGAGGUUGCCGAAAAGCUGGACUCGAACUCUGCAGAAGGGGAGUGGCACCAAGCCUUGGCUCAGCUUCAGGAGGCCAACUGGGCGCGCUACGUCGCCUUGGCCCAACUGGGCUGCGGCGCGGCGUGCCUGGAGCAGCCCUUCGAGUCCCCAGCCUUCGAGCCGGCGCCCGAGCUACUGUGGCUGGCCCUCUCGGAGCUUCGCCCAGGUGCCGGACUCACAGACGGGGAAGCCGAGGCUGUGGAGGCGCCAUUGGUGACGAGAGCGCGGUCUCCAGCUACUUCCGCACUCGCCCCAUCUGAGACAGGCGCGCAAGGCGUCGUUUUGCGGCUUCUUCCCGCGGAGCUCUUGGCCGGUAAGCAGCUGGAUGAAGUGAAGUUCCUCAGUUUUCCGGUGAGUGCGGAGGCGGAGCCGAUGCCGGUCUUGUGGCACAGCGCGCAGUUCUUGCUUAGCCUGGGGUUCCUGUGCUUCCUUGUGGCCUCGGAGCUGUUCCUCAUUUCUGGGGGCCUGUGGCGCGACGCCUUUGCGCUGCCCUCUGGUUUCGCCUUCUGCGCCAAAGCUGACGAUCCAGACCUUCCGCGGCUGCUUCAGGCCUACUGCCCUGACCAGCUAGCCAUCCUCGAUGAGUUCAAAAGGGUGAUGCGGGCAGUCGCUGAUUCGCUGCAAGUUCUGGAGAUGAAGGGCUUCUUUGAGACUUAUCAGAAGUUCACCGGGCUCGUGGCCGGAAUGGCCACGGUGACGGCUCUGGGCUUCCAGGGCUUGGACCAAUGGACCAGUCCGGACACACACAAGAUCUGGCAAACUCAACCCCAGCUGGAGAACUGGCAGCCCAUCUCCGUGGAGCUGGUGAUCGACGUGUGCCUAAGCCAAGUGAAGAUGCUCAAGAAGCACUGGGACGAGGUCUUCUGCCUGGUGUUCGACCUUCCGGAGCUAAGGCUCAGCACCAAGAAGUCCGUGGAGGCGCUGGUCAACGCGUACAAGCAUGCCACAAAGAAUGCGGAUUUUCCGCUUGGCCCGCUGCUGUACAAGCGGAAGAACUCCACGGCUCAGCUCCAGUUCAUCAAGCACGCGAUGUCUGGCCUGAUCACGCCGCUGGACUGGACGCCCUUCCAAGCGUUGCCAGCCAUCACGGGUCUGCCGGGGGCGGAUGGCAAUCCUGGCAACGCCGGCCCUGGGGGCUGCUGGGCGUGCCUGAAACUCCUGGAGGUCUUAUUCGAGCUGGCGGAGGCUGAGGACUACCAGGUGGUUCGCGAGCUUUUCCGAGUCGGCACGUCUUUGCGACCGCACGCCAUGCUGGUUGGCUGCUGCUUGGCGGAGGACCGCUCCCGCGGCCUAAUGCGGGCAGAGAUCCUGGAGAAGCUUGCCACGGGCUCGGACGGCUCAAGCCCCGAGCGUCCCACGCCCGCCUUCCCGGGGGCGUCGGGCAGAAUGAAGCUCCUGCUGUCGCUGCUGCCCUUGACGUGGGCAGCAAAGAUCGCGCGGGCAGCGGGGCCCAGGAUCCCACGUCAGCUUCCAUGUGGGGUUUCGCUGGCCGGGUCUUGCGAAGACCCUCCCGAAGCUUGCUCAAAAAGUUCUCGACUCGCCGAGACCUCGCGCAGCACAGCAACUUGUGAAGGCAACGUGUUGCCGCCGGAGUUGGCGGCAGGGCCGCACAAGACACUGGGCAAGGCUCAGUUCACCGACAUCUUGGACCAGGCUCAGCUGCGCACUGCGCUGGAGGCCUCGAAGCUCUGGGUGGUGGGGAGGACGUGGGAGCUCUCGGUGACGGCGAACUCCUUGAGGAAGAAGCCCGUGACCUUUGCCUUCACUGGCGGGGGCCACGGGUUCUUGACGCUCACAGUGCCUGGAGGUGUCGUAGACGAGGUGCUGAACGCCACUGACACUGUCAAGUCUUUGGCCAAUGAGAGUGGCUUUGAGUACAGGGGCGAGGAUUCAGUGAUCACGGACAACGAUGUGGUCCUCAGCAACUUGUGCCUGAGGCCACACAUGUGCAGCUCCUUCAAGGAGUGCUUACCAUCCAGCGAGUGGAAGCUGGUGGACGACCCCAAGAAGCCGGGGAACAGCCGAGAGGAGUGCUGUGUGCAGCUGAUGUGUAAGGACGAGCAGCCUUGCGACUCCACCAAGCACGCGAAGUCGACUGAGUGGGAGACGCUGCCAGGCAGCACAGUGGAGCGGUGCUGCACCCCUGUGACCUGCACAGAAGCGGUCUGCAACAGCAGCCAAUGGAAGCCCAAGCUGGGCUCAGGCUUUCUGGGCAGCACCCCCUCGGAGUGCUGCGAGCCACGGCUCUGUUCCGAGUACACCUGCGAGGAGACCACCACGCGUGGCCGCCGGAUCGGCAUGGAGUACGAAAAGCUGCAGGGCUUCUCGGACGAGGAAUGCUGCGAGGACAAGAGUUGCAAGACCUUCAACUGCAGCACCAGCCCCUUCUGGCGCGACAAGGCGGACAAGGACAGCCUCCCGGGGAGCACUUUCCUGGAAUGCUGCGAGUCUCAAUACUGCGAGGACUUCACUUGCGCGCCAAAGACGCAGUGGCUGAACCUCAGCGUGGUGCUGGAGAGUGGCGACAAGCGAAGAGGCGCGUCGAGCGAGCUAUGCUGCGAGAAGCUCCUGUGCCAGGCACACACCUGCAACAGCUCCAAGUUGGAGAAGAAGCCGGGUGCUGGGCGCCUGGGCUCCACAGACGACGAGUGCUGCCAGCCCAGGCUUUGCCAAGACUAUUCCUGCAGUAGCCCAACGAAGUGGGUUCACAAGGCAGAUGUGAGCAGCCAGAAGAUUUCCCAGCCCGGCUGGAGCGACGAGGAGUGCUGCGACAAGGUGAUGUGCUCGGCCUUCAGCUGCAGUCCCGCCACCCAGUGGAAGCCGUUGAAUGCGUCCUAUCGCGAGACAGCGGGCGGAAGCACCAACGAGGAAUGCUGCGAGCCUCUCUUCUGCGAGGCCUACACUUGCAGCGGCGACGCAGACGGCGACGGCCAGAGCACCAUCUACUACAAGAAGGUAGACACCAACCACUACAAGCACCGGGGCAGUACCGAUGACGAGUGCUGCAUGCCCAAGCUUUGCAAUCAGUACACCACGCAGUUCCCCACCAAGUUCAAGCGAAAGGCGAACAGGGACCUGCUGGGGAGCACUGACGCAGAGUGCUACGAGCCUGUUUGGUGCAAGGGCUACUGCUGCGAGGAUCGAUCCAUGGUGCGGAAGCCGGACUUCGAGGAGAUCCAAGGCUCCACCGACGCGGAGUGCUGCAUGCAUCCCCAGUGA